AUGCAUGCUUCACGAGCUUUUUGUGCUGCACCACGUCAUGUUUAUGCUGGCGUAAUAUCGAAUAAAACAAGUAAACCGUUAAAAUGUACAAUUCACUAUGCAACUGGCACAAAUAAUAAUACUUCAAAUGAAUCGAUUUCAGUUACAUUGGAUGCUGGUGGCCGAGCUUGUAUACCAGAACAAGAAUACAAGCCAACACCUGAAGCAACGUUUACUUGUCGAAAAGUUGUUUCUCGAAUUGAAGUUCAUGAUGAUGAAAAAACCUACGCACUUGAACAACCGUUCGAUGGUGUUACAUGCCCGGUGACUGAAUGGCGAUUUGAUUUACAUGAUGAUCAUAUUGCUUCAGUGAAUCCAACUACAUUAGCAACGCCAACGCAACUAGAAAAUCCGGUUAUAGCUCAGUAA